AUGCGGACAUUCUUUAAUAGACCACCCUGGGCGAACAGAGGGGAGAAGGAUCCCCCUUCUGAUUUCUACCGCCGAGCUGGACAAACAUAUGGAGAUAUUGUUGCCGCAAAUAAGGAAGCUCGGGAACGUACUGCUAAUUGCGCCCCUACUACCCCCACUGAGGAUGUCGAGGUAUGUAAGCGCCUGCCUACUGCAAGGGAACAUUCUCCAGAGUUUGAAAUGAACCCUGUUCUACCAGACAGUGGUCGAGUGAUGAGUGAUCAGGGCCCUCUAUCUACCACUAGAGUUGACCCCUACCAUGUUCCAAGCGAAGACGAUAAAAAGGGUAGCACUUCCUCGCGAAGACAGUACAAUUUGGAUGUUGGGGUGGAUGAUGUAUCUGCCACUGCUCAUGAACCGUCCCAUGACCGAGCAGGCUUUUGGAAACCUCUAACGCCCCAUCUCUCAUACCACACAACAGAGCCAGAUAGUACCGACAAAUUAUUUGCUAUUGAAUCUAAGCAGGGUUUUGAUGGUGAUGCUACUUUCCAGGCAGACAUUCAUGGCAAUGAUAUGUGUGGGGAUGUGACAGUUCAGAUCCUUAUCUCUUCAAGACUAGCAAAUACACAGCCAAUCGUUAUCCAUCGAAAAUUGUCACAGUCAUUAAAAGAUGUCCGUCUAGCGUGGUGUAAGCACCAGAAUCUACCACAGGGGAUGCACUCCUCUGUAUUCUUGUCUUGGAAAGGGCGCAGACUAUUCGAUGUCACAACUUGCAGAAGCUUGGGGAUUUAUGCAAAGAGAGAUAUGCAAAGAGUAAUCACAGAUGAUUAUCGCACAGAGAAGGACAGCAUACGUAUUCACAUGGAGGCUGUUAUAGAGGAAGACUUCACCCCUGGUAGUCAACAAGCAUUGUUCACACAUCUAGAAGGAGAGGAGCAUUUGGAAGAUGAUAAACCUCGAUGUCUGCCAAUCAAAAUUGCUUUAAAAUGCCCUGGCCGUGAGACUUAUACAAUGAAUGUCAGUGCACAGAUGGGAGUCUCCCAGGUAGUCGCCAUCUAUCGUGAUGCACAAAGGGUGGAUGAGUGCCAAGAUGUAUAUCUCAUAUUUGAUGGUGAUCGCCUAGAUCCGAAUUCUUGCCUCACAGACUAUGAUAUUACACACGAAGAUCUUGUGGAUGUCAUAAUUAAAUAA